UCAAUUCAGCACUGGGAAGGAGACAGCUCCCUCCCCCCAAAAAACCAGCGCGCCUCACGUUGCACAGGUCCCCGGUUAUUGAUAACACAAUUUGCCCGAUGGGAUUCAUCCCGGUAACGUGUAACUCGUGGAUAUAGGGACUGGAGAACAGACAGCCGGGACCGAAAAAAAACAACGAUUUGCUCAUCAUCAACGACAAACAGAAAUCCGAGCCCACCCCUUCACUUGACAACGCGACAUCAUCCAGGCAGAAAGGCUUACAUCUCAUCUUUCCAUACUCCAUCCACCCUAACCUGCUGUGUUGGGGAAACCCCUAAUGAGUGGGACCUGUAUCCAUGAGCCCCGUGCCCCUUCCCCCUCCCUGUCAGGCUUCAGCACCCCCAUCUCAGAACCCCCCUAUCGAAGACUCGAUGGAGACACCCCUGCCUGCACCCCAGAAACGGACCUGACCCCCACACAGUGUGUCCUCCGUAACGUGCUGUCCAUCGACACUGGUGGACCGGGGGCGCCAGGCGGCAGCAGCCCCACUCCCAGUGAUGGAACCUCAACCCACUUUGACAACAGCGUGCUAAAACUACAUGAACAUGAGGCCUGCCAGUGUUGCGGCGGGGCCGAAGCGGGGCACAGUCCAGAGGCUGGUGCUGUUCGGAGCCAGUCGGAGAACAUUCGGCUACAAUCAGGAAGUGGAGGUUUUUUGGAGGGACUGUUUGGCUGCCUAAAACCAGUCUGGACCAUGAUUGGAAAGGCCUACUCCACUGAACACAAACAUAGCCAUGAAGGUCUGAGUUUAGAGUCCUGGGAGGUUCCUUUUGAGGAAAUCUCCGACCUGCAGUGGGUGGGCAGCGGGGCACAGGGGGCCGUCUUCCUCGGCAAGUUCCACGGAGACGACGUGGCUGUAAAGAAAGUGCGGGAUAUCAAAGAGACCGAGAUCAAACACCUCCGCAAACUCAAGCACCCCAACAUCAUCACUUUCAAGGGCGUGUGCACCCAGGCUCCUUGUUACUGUAUCUUGAUGGAAUACUGUGCCCAAGGCCAACUGUAUGAGGUGCUGAGGGCCGGUCGUAAAAUCACUCCCUCCCUCCUGGUUGACUGGUCCAUGGGCAUUGCAGGUGGCAUGAACUACCUACACCUCCACAAAAUCAUCCAUCGAGACCUCAAGUCCCCCAACAUGCUGAUUACACAUGAUGACCUAGUAAAGAUCUCAGACUUUGGCACCUCAAAGGAGCUUAGUGACAAGAGCACCAAGAUGUCAUUCGCCGGCACCGUAGCUUGGAUGGCUCCUGAAGUAAUUCGGAAUGAGCCAGUGUCGGAAAAGGUGGACAUCUGGUCCUUUGGAGUGGUGCUGUGGGAGAUGCUAACUGGAGAGAUCCCUUACAAAGAUGUGGACUCAUCUGCCAUCAUCUGGGGUGUGGGAAACAACAGCCUUCAGCUGCCCGUUCCUGAGAGCUGCCCCGACGGCUUCAAGAUCCUCCUCAGACAGUGCUGGAACUGUAAGCCCAGGAAUAGGCCCUCUUUCCGUCAGAUCCUUCUUCAUCUGGAUAUAGCAUCAGCUGAUGUGCUGUCCACUCCACAAGAGACAUACUUCAAGUCUCAGGCUGAAUGGCGAGAAGAGGUGAAACAGCACUUUGAGAAGAUUAAAUCUGAGGGUACUUGUAUCCACCGACUCGAUGAGGAACUGAUCAAUCGACGCAGAGAGGAGCUCAGGCAUGCUUUGGACAUUCGCGAGCACUAUGAGCGGAAACUGGAGAGGGCUAACAACCUUUACAUGGAGCUCAGCGCUGUCAUGCUGCAGCUGGAGCUCAAAGAGAAAGAGCUGCAGAGGAGAGAGCAGUCUUUGGAUAAAAAGUAUCCAGGCUUGUUUAAGCAUCACAGCUCCAGGCAGAGCAGCUCCUCCAACUCCAUGGACAAACUCAUCAAGAAGAGAAAUGUCCCACAGAAACUGCCCUCGGGAAAGAGGCCAGACAUCCUCAAGUCUGAGGUAAUCAUUCCCAAAAUGGACUCCUCUGUGAUGCAAGUCACUAUCCCAGCCUGCCCCAACAGAAGCUCCACUUCUCCCAGCCGGUCUCGGAGGGUAAAGACCCGACAUCGCAAGCCCGGGAAGGGCAGCAGUGGGGAUCUGGCUGGACUUAAGGCAAAUCAGUCCUCCCCUAAUAGGGACACGACUGCCCAGGCUAACAGUUCUACCACUAAUACCUCUAAGCAGCUCCUGGAGCCCUCUGCAGCCCUGCUGGGCCUCAGCCAUGAGCAGCAGCAGAGGCAGCUAUCCUCCUCCAGCCCUGACCUCAUCUGCACCACGCUAGAGGCAGAGGGGCAGGGGAAAGGGGAGUCCUCUGUGGGCGGGCUGGAGAGAGGGGGGAGCCUCAGUGCCUCCGCAGGGUUAGGGGGAUCAGAGGCGGGGGCAGCUGGUCUAGAUGAUCUCACAGAAACCCCUCCACGCAGUGACACGCCGAGCGAGGAUGCUGCGUCGUUCCCGUUCUCCAGCAGCCCAGACUCACCAUGUGGGAGGGGCGCGGCAGCAGGGCGGGGGUCCCUGGGAUCUCCACGUCUGCCUCACGAUGGGGAGGAUAAAGAGGAGGGAGCCGGUGCUGUGAGGUUGCCCCGUGGGGCAUCAGGGGGAAUUGGGAGUCAGCACCUCACUCCUUCAGCCAUUCUGUACAGGGCAGCUAUCACACGCAAACAGAGGCGUGGAGUGUCAUCAGAAGAGGAGGAGGGUGAAGUUGACAGUGAGGUUGAGUUACCAAGGAGACGACGUCCGACCAGCAUCACCAAGUGCCAGUCGGUGUCUACCUUCAGCUCAGAGAACCUGUCGGUGUCGGACGGCGAAGAGGGCCACACUACUGACCACUCUCACAGCGGCACCCCCGACGUGGUCAGCACCAACACAGACGACAGGCUGGACGACCGCAGCGACGACCUCCUCUCUCAGGGGUCCGAGAUCCCGGCGGACAACACUGAUCCUGCGCAGAUUUCCGAUGGCCUGUCGGAGAGAGACGGAGCGCUAGGACAGGCCAAACCUCAGCUGGACGUCGAGCAGAAUCCUAAUGAGAGUCGGGCCAUGUGUGAUGACUCUGACUGCGACAGUGCUGAGCUGGAUCAGUCAGGUAGCGGAGAGCCCAGUCGUCCUCCCAGUGCUGGAGCAUGGGUGUCGCCGUCUCAACCCUAUCAGGGGUCGCCAAAGGUGCCCCAUACAGGACCUCCAUAGAUCACUGGACACUAGCAAAUACCUCCAGCUACCAUCACAGGCGUACACCAAUCUGUCAGUGCAGUACAUUACUGUUGUCAUGAGGGAUCACACCUACUACACCACUCAGACUAUGACAAGUUGACUUAUGGUGUCUCAUAAGUUUGUUGGCUGGCAAACCUACAUCAGAUGACAUAGGACAUUUGUCAUAACCUGACAUCAGAUAUCCUGGCAGCUUGUGACAUCAGAUUAAUGUCAUUUAAUUUCAGAAGGGUUUUUGUUUUAGGCAAAAUAGUUACCAAGGUAACCUUAGCCACUGCUUCGGUUCAGCAAAAACCCUUCCACAGACGCACACGCACGCACAAGAUACCACACUCGUCCUUUAAACACUCUAAUCCUCACUCUGGGAGCAUCUUCCAUGAUACUCCACACACUAAUGCAUUAAAUACUAAUGAAUAAUAAUGUAAAUAUCCAUUACAUACCACAUGAGAAAUAUCUAACUUUAUUUUAUUUGUAAGAUAACAAUGUAAGACUAAACUGUAUGCAGCCCUGUGAACAAAUGCAUGACUACAUGUUUAUAAUUUAUGGUUCGAAUGUGUCAGUUUUAUACUUUGUGAAAGUUUACACUUUUUUAAUCCUGAAAGUAUUACUUCAGUUAUUUUGUUUUGGUUUUUGUUAAUAAAUGUCAGCACUUAAGAAAAAAAAAAUGGAAUGAAAAUCUCACCAAGACGUCGAUCAUGAUGCAUAGUUAGGAUUCUCAGUAGGUAAUAUAUUAUUUUUUUUAACCCUCCUACUACUGAGUUUCAAAUACACAUAAGACAUGAGUGAGGUUUUUUAUUAAGCUUAUCAAAUUUGUGAUAGGAUGGGAGACCUUUGGGUUCACUCAAAAUGCACUUUUGCCAUUGUAUGUAUGCCGGUGUUUCUCCACCGGUUUCUGAAAUGGUUAGCUUUUUGAUUGUUUUAUUAGUAUGAUGUGCGUGUGUUCAUAGAAUACACUAGCAUUGGUAACCAAGGUACUAUCUAAGCAACAAACACUGGUGCUUUAGUAAAGGAGUCCUCCUCCGAUACAGCAUUGCACUCCUAUAACAUUGUCAGACUCAGCAGAAGCAGAGAUACUGUCUGCUUUAUUCCACACCCUUUUCUUUCUUGUCAAAACCUGGUGCCUACAUUACCCACAGCGCAACUUGACAGACAACAGUUUUGUCCGAGAUUCCGAGGUUUGUGGAUAAUGUAGCCUCGAGCCGCUAGCCUCAAGCAGAGAUGAGUGGCGUGCUACAGAGGCCUGGUGAGCUCACUUCUUUUUAACUCCACACCUCCAGAUUAUGUUUUAUUUUCAAAAUUGUAGUCUUCAGACCCAACUGAUGCUGCCACAAAUGACAUCACAAGGCAGUUUAGUUGUAUGAAACCACAAAAGGCUUCAUAAAACUUUUAAAAUCUUGAUGUGUAAAAUUAGCGGAGUUCCCCUUUAAGUAAAGAACCAAAAGGACUCCUUUAGUUCAUGAUGUUCAUAAGCUUCAUAAGAACCUCAACUGUCCCUUUUACCCUUUAAGAUAACUGCGGAGGUAGCCAGAUAAGGAAUAGAGCACUUUUCUGUGGUGUUUGCUAGUAGAACAGCAAGUAUCCUUUGGGUUUAAAUAGAAAUGUUUUGUUUUUAUACAGCAUUGCACAUUGUACCUGUAACAUAGGAAUUAUAUCGAAAGCGAAAUAUUAUGAGCAACAAUAAAUAAUGUAUUGGUUAAAAAAAGAAAAAAAAAGUGAAAAGUGUGAUGUUUGUUUAAAAAGAUGGGUUGGUCAUUGGCUACAGUGUGUGCUGUUGCUGCAUUAAAUAAGACAGCUGAACGAGAAAUAAAUUACUAUUUUCAAUGACUUUAAGCAUGUCCAAA